AUGAAGACCAGCGGUGAGCACCGGUCGCCAUGCGAGAGGGCACUUGCCAAGAAAGGUGGCUGGACACAGACGCGUGUAGUUGCAGGGGGCAUGGUCUGCCUAGCAUGGCUUGGCAUGGGGAGUUCGAACUUCCCAGAAACAGCUCAAGGUGAAUCUCUGGACCUGCUCUGUCCCUACGAGAAUCACGCUCUCAAGCUGCCGUGUCUUGGAGCCCAGCACAUUGCAAAGCAGGGAGGGUCCGCGUGUAUCUUACGCAGACCUCAGUUGCCAGGUAGAGCCCAAAAGCGGGCAACUACCCGAAAAAACGUCGCCCGCAUGGCCCGCGGAUUCUGUGGCAAGGGGGCUGAGUCCUGGUGGCAGAGUGACUCAGGCGACCAGGCGGAUGCAUCCUCUGUGACUGCUACCCAAUGCGGGCCCGCCUAG